AUGAGCCGGAGAGACGUCGAUCUCGAGUUCGAGCAGGCGUACCAGCGCCUCUUCUCGACCUCUUCUUCGUCAGUGGCAGAGCAGCAGGGUCCGAGCACCUCAUCAAUCAAGCGCGAUGCACGGCCACAGCCGUCUCAACAGCCAUCUCGAUCCCACCUAUCCAAGGAGGUAAGGGGAGCUGCACGACCUUCGGGCCACGCGAGGCAGCAUGUCCUGGCGCUCGCGUCUCAACGCAAAGCGUCCGCCGGCCGAACGCUUCUCCCAGCCAAGGACCAAGCGCAUGUGCAUUCUCAUCCAGCGAAGCGCGAGCACGCGGCAUCUUCCGCCUCUCGGUCGGAACAUGCUGCACAACCCUCUGCGUCAGCCGCAGCGAAAGGCAAGGGCCGCGCACGACCAUACACCACCGAACAACACCGCCACGCCGUCCCUCACGUCCCUGCAUCGAUACCGACCACCGCAUCCACACCCUAUGGCGCAUAUGCGCCGCCAGCAAGCAUGGCGUACUAUCCCUAUACCCAGAGCCAUGCACCGUUCCAUGUGUCGACUCCCGUCGUCGCACCCGGCGUCACGGCGCUGCCCAACCCGACGGUGGCAUGGACGCAGCCCAUGAUGCCCCCCGGCCCAGUCUCCGCCAUCGCCUAUCCCGGCUUCAGCGCCUCAGUCACCUUCUCACAGCCGCAGUUCUUUGCGUCUCAUCCACAGCCGAUCCCGGCUGGCAUGAUGCCGCCGUCGUCGGAGAGCUGGUCAGCUGCGGUCGCACCGGGUCCAACCCAACCACCACGAGCAAGCGCUUCCAAGCCCCCUGGUCCCGUCGCGGCGCCUCGACCUCCCCUGCUCCAGUCACACGCAAGUGAGCAGCUGCGCAGCACCCCGCGUCUACCCGCCAAGACUGCCGCUGUCAAGAACAAGACGCUGAAGACCGAGCUGGAUGACAGCGGCAUGCCGAUUCCCAAACGGCGCGGCCGGCCACCUGGCCGCACAAAGGCUAGUCUUCAGCCGGGCACGGUGCUUACCCCAGCUGAACCAGAGUCUCGCUCACAUAGCCCGGCGCCGCCGAAGGCUACCGCCGUGCCGGCCAAGUUCGACGGCUGCCUGCCGCUGCGCGAGCACGCGGGUGUGCCGCAGAACCGCGAGACGCACACGCUCUUUAUCCACGCGUCGCGGCGGCUGGUGUGGCUGGCGCAGCUGGCGGUGGCGCACUCGGCUGGCGACAGCAAGCCCGCGGCCGCACUCGACACACGCGCCUGGGCACGAUGGAGCAACUCGAUCGCUGCGCGGCUGCACACGCUUGGUGGCGAGCCGGGCGGGCACGGUGUGGCGGCGGACGCGGACGAUGCGCUCAGCUGUACAUCGCAGGCGGAUCAGGCCGGGCUGUUUCCGCGCCACCGCCGACGCGAAUACGUUGGGCUGCGGAAGCAGGCGCACGCAGCGACGCGCACCGCCGUGCUGCGCAUCUGCAUCCGCCGCCUGCGUCGAUACCUCGCCUCGACGGCCACCAAGGCGCGCACGGCGCCACACGCGCACCGCACCACGUACCUUAACCGCAAGCUGCGUGCGGCCAAGCUCGAGCGCCAUCUGCACCGUGCGCUGCGACCGGCUUCGCUCGACGCACGCAGGCUGUGGAGCCACUGGGCACGCACCCGCAGCACAGCCGGCUCGAGCACGGCGCGCGUCAAGCUCGAACACGACGAUGCCACGGAGAUGGUUGCGGAGGUAAAGAUGGAGUCGAACGAUGGGGUUGCUAUGCUGCCGCUGGACGAGGUGCGCGCUGCGCCGGUGCGCACGCAUGCGCCGCUAUUUCUGCGUCGCAACUUCACACUCUACCGUCUGCUGGGCAUCCGCACCUUGCCGCUCGCAUCAACUCACGAAUGA